UCAUCCAUUGGUAAAAACUUAUAUCUGUGGGUAAAAACAUGUAAAAGUAAUAGGAAAGGAAAAAAGAAUAAUUUCAUUAUAUACAAAUGUAUUGAAAUUAAAACUUAUUUAUAGAACGUUUUCUUUUAAAUUUUAACAUAAAGUAAUGUCAACCGUGUACAAAGGAGUUAAAAAAAUACAUAAUCUAUGUGCAAGAUUGUUUUGCAGCGUAACUGUUGCCAGUCGACGAAGAGUUAGAUCUAAAAAAGACAUGGAUUUGAAAAGCAGGGAAAAUCCCAUUGUCACCAAAUUAGAUACUCCUGAAUUCAGAAGUAUAUUUACUCCAGAAGUUCUGAAACUAAAACAACUUUUUGAUCAGUAUCAGCAUGAAAUAAGAAUAGCAGGAGGAGCAGUAAGAGAUUUGUUGAUGGGUCAGCAGCCCACUGAUCUUGAUUUUGCCACUGCAGCCACACCGCAACAAAUGAAGGAUAUGUUUACUGCUGAAGGAGUUCGCAUGAUAAAUAUGAAUGGAGAGAAACAUGGCACAAUCACACCUAGGAUCAAUGACAAAGAGAAUUUUGAGGUCACCACACUCAGAAUAGACAUGGUGACAGAUGGACGGCACGCUGAAGUAGAAUUCACCACAGACUGGAAAUUAGAUGCUAAUAGAAGAGAUCUUACUAUCAAUUCCAUGUAUUUGGGUUUUGAUGGAUCUGUUUAUGAUUAUUUCUUUGGUUAUGAAGAUUUACAAAAGCGUAGAAUAGCUUUUGUUGGAGAUCCUGAUGUCAGAAUAAAAGAGGAUUAUUUGAGAAUCAUGCGAUAUUUCCGAUUCUAUGGUAAAAUUGCCGAAACCCCAGAUGGUCAUGAAGAGCAAACAUUGAAGAUUUUGAAAAAUAAUGCCGAUGGCUUGCAACAUGUCUCUGGGGAAAGGAUUUGGGUAGAACUCAAGAAAACAUUGCAAGGGAAGUUUGCUGGCAGCUUGCUAAAGAUUAUGAUGGAUAUUGGAGUUGGGAAGAGGAUAGGUUUGCCUGACCAUCCAAAUGUAGAAGAACUUGAUAAGGUUCUGAAGAGGGCAGAACACUUGCAACUACACCCCAUCACAUAUUUGGUGACUUUGCUGAAGGACAUGGAUGAGGUCACAGUCCUUCACAGCAGAUUGAAAUUCUCUGGCUAUGACAGGGACCUAGCCUACUUUUUAGUGGAACACAGAGGUGACAAAGUCAGCAAUAAUCCAUUAUUGCCUUAUGAAAAGUUGGUAUUAAAUACAAAAAUGAAACAGAAAGAUGCAGUAGAAUAUGUUAAAGAAGUUCUCAAAUAUAGAGGAGAUAAAAAUCUUUUAGAGCAAUUCAAUAAAUGGAAUAUUCCAAAAUUUCCUGUCAGUGGGAAAGAUCUGAAAGAAAACAAUGUUCCACCUGGAAAGAUGUAUGGCCUCAUCAUCAGCAAGUUGAAAGAGAUGUGGGUCGAGAAUGAAUAUAAACAGACAUCUGGUGAUUUAGUGAAGUUUAUACCAACUAUCAUAGAGGAGCUUGAUAAACAAAAGAAAAUAAAGCAAGUAAAAUAAAUUAUGAUUUUUAUUUUUAACUAAGUAUAUAAAAUAUUUUAAGAAUAAUAAGUAAAAAUAAAAGUAUCUUUAUGAA